UCUUGCAGCUGCACGUAUAACUGUGUUCAAAAGUAACAUGCCGUUUUUUUUACUUUUAAUCAACUAAGUGCGCGAUUGUGCAAUACAAUAUGUUUUGUGGGGGUAGUUUUCGUUCCAAGACUAUUGAGGAGAACGACGAGUACAGAAUUGUUACAGUGAAUAAUACACAAAUUAAACUUUUGAGGUCGAAAAGUUUUACGACCACGUUUACGAGGCCCGUAGGGGGUAGAAAGAUUUUCGCAGCCCCUUUAAAAGUACAAAAUGAAUCGACAACGAAAAGAGUUUGUCUUAGUCCGGAAAGGGUGAGUGCCGUUGGCCUAGACAGCGUAAGUUCCAGCGGACAGCUGAGACCUCUAAAUGCGGAAAUAUCGGCGCCGCGAAUUGAUAGCUAUCGCUUUUCGAUGGCCAAUUUAGAAGAUUCGCAAGAUGUCGAUUUGGACGCAAUACUCGGCGAACUAUGUGCACUCGAAACGCAAUGUGAAAGGGAAAUUGGAAAUGCAAGAGAUAAACGUAUAUCAGAUUUACCCAAACAGGCGCACCAAUCGAGAACGCAUACGCGGUCGUGUUCAGAGGGUCCAAGAUUGAAACUUGAUCCAGGAGAGAGCGAUCUGAUGCUUAAGACUGAUUCCGGCAGAACCGAUUCGCCCGAUAAUGAUUCUGCAUUUAGUGAUACCGUUUCUAUGCUAUCAAGCGAGUCAUCGGCAAGCAGCGGGGGUGGUGGGCCCAAACCUCAAACGCUUCAGUUACCUUCGCAAAGUGGACAAGAUGAAGCAAGCAGGGCCAAAUCCGAGAAGAUUAGAAUGGCAAUGGAAAAAAUUAAGGAAGCGAACAUACAAAAAUUAUUUGUGAAGGUCUUUACGGUGGAUGGUUCCGCAAAGUCGUUGUUAGUUGAUGAGAAAAUGAUAUGCGCUUAUAUAACUAGAUUGUUAGCCGAUAAAAAUCACGUGCAAAUGGAUCCAAAGUGGGCAAUAGUAGAACAUUUACCCGAUUUAUAUAUGGAGAGAGUUUACGAAGACCAUGAGUUAUUAGUAGACAAUUUAAUGUUGUGGACUAGAGAUUCUAAAAAUAAGAUUUACUUUGCGGAAAGGCCGGAUAAAACCUUGCUUUUUUCACAGCCUGAAAAAUUUUUGUUAUCCUCCAGUGAUAAACGUGACAAUACCGACUAUGACGAGCAUUCGCGUAGUAUGUUGUUAGAGGAAUUUUUUGCGUCCACGUCACAGACCAUUCCGCAAGUCGAGGGGCCUUUGUAUCUUAAAUCGGAUUCUAAGAAGGGUUGGAAGAAAUAUCAUUUUGUACUUCGCGCUUCCGGAUUAUAUUAUUUUCAGAAGGAGAAACCAAAAACGACCAAAGAUUUAAUUUGUCUGACCACUUUUGACGUCAAUCAAGUUUACUAUGGAUUGGGGUGGAAGAAGAAAUACAAAGCACCAACUGAUCAUUGCUUUGCAAUAAAACACCCGCGACUGCAAGAACCCAAAUCUACUAAAUAUAUCAAAUAUCUUUGCGCGGAGGAUAUGUACACAUUAGAACGCUGGGUUAUAGGAAUACGCAUUGCUAAACACGGACGACAACUUAUGGAUAACUAUCGAAUGUUAAUGGACGAAUUGGCACAGGAAGAUCUUGACAAACUGGCACACGCUCGAAGCUGUUCGGUUAGUUCCAUAGCUGUUCAAUCCAACGCCACCACACCUACGCAAAAUAAUCCAACUCAUUCCGAAGUUCUUCCACGUGUUGAGUGCUUCCGAUAUAGCGGCAGUGAAGGAUAUGGCACCCAAAGCGACACAUACUCUGCACUCAGCGAAGUAAGCUCGGGCAGACACAGCAGAGCGAGUAGUUCCAGCUCCAGUGGGUGCAUGUCCGAUGGUGCACCUUCCAGUUGCGAAAACGCCUUCGAAUCCGAAUUCCCAAUGGGAACCAUCAAACGCAAACCUUCGAUGAAACCUAGCCUUCCACUGACUAAUAUCACCAGACAACUAAAAGAAGUUGGGGAGACAAGGGAAGAAGGCGAAUCUACACCUUUACCUUCUAGUCCGGUUUCAUACACAAACUCAGGUACACUAACAAGAUUGCAUAACAGAAGAAAGUCUUCAAACUCAACCGAUGAUUCCUCAAACAGUGGAACUUUAAAGAGGCAACAUUCCUAUAAGUCGCGCGGUUCUAUUGAGUCAAUGAGUGGAAGGGGAGGCAAUUCGUCUCCUCUUUGCGGAACACCUAUUCGUGAAAGAGCAUCGCCAUUUGGGGACAGAGAAAAAGUUAGUCCAUUCAGUGAACGGCCUCCAAGUUCCAACUCCAUUAGAAGCCCGGUUUCUGUUAAUAACGGCGAUAUGCCUUCUUCUAUGAUGGACUCCAUAACAUCCUUACCACCACCUCCGGACAGCACAGAAGAUUUAUCUCUAACAGACUCCACAUCUUAUCAAUUACCACCUCCACCACCAGAAGUCUACAAUUCAAAUUUAUCACUCGAUAGUCUACCUCCUCCCCCAAACCCAUCGGAUUUACCUCCUUUAACUGGAAGCGAGCUUACUGGAAGUCAACUGUCCCUUAUGUCCCUACCACCACCGCCUAGUGAAAACGGUGACACAGACACAGUGCGUCGUAGAAAAGAAAGUACAACACCUACGAGCGUUUUCAGUCCCGAAAGGACACCAACCCAGUCACCAGACUUAACGCCGACGCAUUCAAGGUUAAACACACCGUGCUUCAGUCCACCUCCUCUAAGCAUUGGAUCUAAUAGCAGUACACCGACACGUACGAAUCCUCCUGUUAGCUUUAGUCCCACAUCCCACAUCCCUGAAACAUAUUCUUCAAAUAAUAGUCAAAAUGUUGUAAAUGGACAAAACUACGAUAGGCACCCCAGUAAUCAAAUUCCCCCACAACCUCCAGCCUAUAUGAAUCCGCCGCCUUAUCGACAGAAUUCGACGCUUCCGAAUUCGACUGUCGCAUUUAAUAACACAAACGGACUGCGAUCGUCGCUCCGACAAACAUCACUGCCAAGGCAAGUGUCUGUGAAUAGCAUAGCUUCUAGUAAUAGUUCUAGUUCGUCCGGCGGCACAAUCUACGCAAUGUCGCCGCAUAUGACUGAUUUACAAAAGAAGAACGCCGCAGUGUCUCCUCAGCCGCAGAGGAAGGUCAAUUUUCAAGAACCGACGAGUCCGAAGAAGUUGACCAAGAAGAUUAGCUUCAAUUUGAUACCGCAGGAGGCGCCCGCGCUACCCAAGAAACCGCCGCCGCCCGUUCGAUCGGAAAACACCAAGCUGUCCAGUCCGAAAAAGUUGGUGGAGCCGCCCAAGGAUUUUCUUAAAGAUCUCCAGCGGGUAAUGCGGAAAAAGUGGCAGAUCGCGCAAAAGUGCAAGCUCGAACCUUCGACGACGCCUCACGAGGUUUUGGGAUUUAGGGAUCCCGUCCCGCUUCUUCCCGAAUAUAAGGAGUCGAACGUGUCGCGCUGGGUCAAAGAGCAUUACGGAUGCAAUAAUUACUAUGAAAAUAUUUACACGGAUAAUGUAGAAAAUGUUGUAGAAUAUGCUAGUAGCCCUUUACAUAUGCCAAAGGAUGCUUCGCGAAGUAAAAGGCCACCCCCUCCGCCUCCGAAGCGCAGUGAAACUACUCAAUUGAGUACACCGAGAAUCCACUGAUGCUGUGUUUCAUAAGUGCGAUAGUUUUAAUACGACUUUAUUUAUAGUUGCAAUUAAAAAACGGUGAAGAAUU